AUGUUGGUGCCGACCAAGGCAAUAAGAUUAAAUCAAGCCGAACCCAGCCUUACUUCAUCUCCAGACACCUCGCCUAUGUCUCGGCCCGGCGGCGCUCUCUCUCCGCCGCUCCGCAUGGCCUCCCCACGCCUCAAAUUCAACGCCGACCAACUCCGUCCCUAUGUCCGCACUCUCCUCGCUAAGACGCUGGCCAAUGCUGUGUGGGACGGCAACGACAAGCCUCGCAUGAGCCAGUACUCCAAGGACAUUUGCGAGAAGGUCAAAUCCCGCAUGCUUGAGAUCGAGCCCAAGGGCUUCAAGUACAUCGUCACGACCACGUUCACUGAGAACCUUGGCCAGGCCGGACGUGCCGAUAUGGCCUGCCACUGGGAGGACACGGACGCCGCGUGCCAGGAGAUCUUCUCCAACGAUGGCAUCAUCUUCGUGUGCAUUGCCUACGCCGUCCGCGUCAUCUAG